CUGGACCGCUCUAUCCAGGACGCACCAGCCUUGCGCUCUCGCGGCCGCCGGCGCGGUCCAGCCAUUGGCAGGAGAGGUAUAACGGCCCCGCAGCGUCUCGCCCCGCCUGCCCCGCAGCCCGGCCGCGUAGACAUCAGCUCCGGGCGCAGCACAGGUCUGCGCAAGGGCCAUGGGCGCCGCGCUGGGCACGGGCGCGCGGCUGGCUCUCCUACCCGGCCGGACCUGCAGCGCUGUCCGGCACUGGGAGCCCCCCGCGCCCGCCCGAGGCUGCCACUCCAAGGCCGGCCCGGCGCGCCCGGUGCCCCUGAAGAAGCGCGGAUACGAUGUCACCCGGAACCCGCAUCUCAACAAGGGCAUGGCCUUUACCCUUGAGGAAAGGCUGCAGCUUGGGAUCCAUGGCCUAAUACCCCCCUGCUUCCUGAGCCAGGACGUCCAGCUCCUCCGGAUUAUGAGAUACUACGAGCGGCAGCAGAGUGACCUGGACAAGUACAUCAUCCUCAUGACGCUCCAAGACCGGAACGAGAAGCUCUUCUACCGAGUGCUGACGUCGGACGUGGAGAAAUUCAUGCCCAUCGUGUACACGCCCACCGUGGGGCUGGCCUGUCAGCACUACGGCCUGACCUUCCGCAGGCCCCGUGGGCUGUUUAUCACCAUUCAUGACAAGGGCCAUCUUGCAACAAUGCUGAACUCUUGGCCAGAAGAUAAUAUUAAGGCUGUGGUGGUGACUGAUGGGGAGCGCAUCCUGGGCCUGGGAGACCUGGGCUGCUACGGCAUGGGCAUCCCCGUGGGCAAGCUGGCCCUGUACACGGCGUGCGGAGGCGUCAACCCGCAGCAGUGCCUCCCUGUCCUGCUGGAUGUGGGCACCAACAACGAGGAGCUGCUCAGGGACCCUCUGUACAUUGGCCUGAAGCACCGGCGCGUGCGUGGGCAGGAGUACGACGACCUUCUGGACGAGUUCAUGCAGGCCGUGACGGACAAGUUUGGAAUAAAUUGCCUCAUCCAGUUUGAAGACUUUGCCAAUGCCAAUGCCUUCCGCCUUCUCAACAAAUACCGCAACAAGUACUGCAUGUUCAACGAUGACAUCCAAGCUGGGAUCACAGAAGCAUCCCGGCUCUUAGCGGAGGAGAGAGAGACCUGGAAGGGGAACAGUGCUAGGAAUGGCCAUGCUGGAGGACUGGCCAGCUGUGUCCUUCCCAAGAAGCCAGAUCCGGGAUACUGCUGGCCUGGCACAGCCUCCGUCGCCGUGGCAGGGAUCCUGGCUGCUCUGCGAAUCACCAAGAACAAGCUCUCCAAUCACGUGUUUGUUUUCCAAGGUGCUGGUGAAGCAGCCAUGGGCAUCGCCCACCUCCUUGUCAUGGCCCUAGAGAAAGAAGGCGUACCCAAGGCAGAGGCCACAAGGAAGAUCUGGAUGGUGGACUCCAAGGGGCUCAUUGUCAAGGGGAGGAGCCACCUGAACCAUGAGAAGGAGAUGUUUGCCCAGGACCACCCUGAAGUGAACUCCCUGGAGGAGGUGGUGAGGCUGGUGAAGCCCACGGCCAUCAUAGGUGUUGCCGCCAUCGCAGGAGCCUUCACGGAGCAGAUCCUGAGGGACAUGGCCUCCUUCCACGAGCGCCCCAUCAUCUUUGCCCUGAGCAACCCCACCAGCAAGGCCGAGUGCACGGCUGAGAAGUGCUACCGGGUCACCGAGGGCCGAGGGAUCUUUGCCAGUGGAAGUCCCUUUAAAGACGUGACUCUGGAAGAUGGCAGGACCUUCAUUCCCGGGCAGGGAAACAACGCCUACGUGUUCCCUGGAGUGGCUCUGGGAGUCAUCGCAGGCGGGGUCCGACACAUCCCGGACGGGCUCUUCCUCCUGACAGCAGAGCAAAUCGCCCAAGAGGUCUCUGAGCAGCAUCUGUCACAGGGGAGACUGUACCCCCCACUCAGCACCAUCCGAGACGUGUCUCUGAGAAUCGCCAUCAAAGUCCUCGACUUCGCCUACAAACACAACCUGGCCUCCUACUACCCAGAGCCCAAGGACAAGGAGGCUUUUGUAAGAUCCCUGGUCUAUACUCCAGACUAUGACUCCUUUACGCUGGACAGCUACACUUGGCCCAAGGAAGCCAUGAAUGUUCAGAAUGUCUGAUGCAAUCUCAGAGGCUGGUGUGGGGCUGAGUGAAGCCCAGAGUAACAGUGACAAUAUAAAUGGGUUCCAAAAUGGC